CCUCUAAAGUUAUCCUCUCUGUCAUUUUGCUCUUAUUUAAGAAUGGUGUCGUUUUUGUGGAAGUCGAGAAUUUGAUGAAAGUCGCAAAAGCAAGAAGAUUUACAGAGAGAAACACAACAGAAACAGAGUGUUUGUUUGAUCAAUCAAUCGAUCAGCCAGCCAUGCAAAUGUUUCAGGCCCUGGAUUGGGUUCUCUAACUUUGUUUCUUCUUCUUCACAAGUCUUUUAGAUUUGUUGGAGUUUAGACUUAGAAAUGGAUUUUACAGAGUCCACAAAGGCUGUCUACAAUAGAAUACAGAAACUAGAGCCUGAACAUGUCUCUAAGAUUAUAGGGUACCUUCUGUUGCAAGAUCACGGUGAACGUGACAUGAUUCGUUUGGCGUUUAGCCCUGAUCAUGUGAUCCAUUCUUUGAUCAUUGAAGCCAAAUCAAAACUUGGCUUAUCUAAAACUGCUGUUUCACCUCCAAUCUCACCUUCUCAGGUGAGUCCAGCAUCUGCUGCUGAUCUCCCUUUACAAUUUUCACCUUUCUCGCCUACAUCACCACACCCAGUUUCCUCUCCUUUAACUAUGAGAACAGCCAGUCAUUUCUGGGAUCAACAGGUCAACAAUAUGGAUUUUGUCCAACAAGCAUACCCCACUUCGGUCGCUGAAGAUUUUCACCUUCAAAACCAAAUGCAAUUCUUGACAUUGGAAGAUCAGCUUGAAUCAGUUAACUCUGUUAAUUCAGAUUUCUCUAGCAAUUACUUCUACCCAGAACCUGCUUUGGGUGUAAGAACCAGUCGGAGGUCUCCAAGCUUGCCUGAGUUUCCUGUUAAAGUUUGCCAUUACUUCAAUAAGGGAUUCUGUAAACACGGGAACAACUGUAGGUACUUCCAUGGCCAACCAAUGCCAGAGAACUUUUCUCAGAUUUUCUGCCCAAGUUCACAUGAUAUUCAGAAUGAAGAUCAUGUCUUCUCACCAAGGUCUCUUGAAAAGCUAGAAAUGGAACUCACUGAACUUUUGAAAUUAAGGAGAGGGUUUCCUGUAUCAAUUGCCUCUUUACCAAUGAUGUAUUAUGAAAAGUAUGGUAAGGCACUUCAGGCUGAUGGGUACCUUACGGAGAGUCAGAGACAUGGUAAGGCUGGCUAUAGUCUAACAAAGCUUCUUGCUCGUUUGAAGAACAGUAUUCGCGUCAUUGACAGGCCUCAUGGGCAGCACUCAGUUAUUUUGGCUGAGGAUGUACCAAAGUACCUAGAGUAUGCUGGUGAAAGAAGUGAUCCUGGUGGAAUUGUUGCUGGUUCUCGGCAGAUAUAUCUUACAUUUCCAGCUGAAAGUACUUUUACAGAACAGGAUGUUUCCAACUACUUCAGUAAGUUCGGACCUGUUCAAGAUGUUAGGAUUCCAUGCCAACAAAAGAGGAUGUUUGGGUUUGUUACUUUUGUUUUCGCGGAGACAGUCAAGCAAAUUUUGGCCAAGGGGAAUCCUCAUUUUGUAUGUGAAGCUCGUGUUUUGGUGAAACCUUACCGGGAGAAGUCAAGGCUUGUUGACAGGAAGCAUACAGAAAAAGUGCAACACCCUAUGUUUUAUGGCCAUCAGUUUAUGGAUGGUGAUUCUGAGAUUCACUCAAUGUCUAGAGUUUGUGAAAAUUCGAGAUUUCUCAGGAAGCAGCUGAUGGGGGAACAGGAGCAAGCAUUUGAAUUUCAGAGAAGGCACCUUUCGGAGAUGCAUUUAGCACCUAAAACCUUAACUCAUCACUCCUACUUUGGCUACUCAAGGGAUGAGUUGAAGUUGUCAGAAGAACAAGUAGAAUUUCCUUCGGCAGAGCGAUUCAAUUGUUUAUUGGAUGUACUCAAUAAUGGCUCCACCAGUGAGGACAAUGUCAGGCAUAUAAGUACCCAUUAUAAUGAUCUGGAGAGCAACCAAGUGCUCAAUCUCCCCGAGAGCCCUUUUGCAUCUCCAAUAAGAAGCAGUAUUUCAACAGUUAUAUAGAGAUUCAGACACAGAAGAACUAUAGAGGUAGAAGACCAGAGUUGGAAGAUUAUUUUCUUGGGAUUUUAAUACAUGAGAAGUUUAAUUUUCUUGUCAUAUUUAACUUACCUCAAUGCGGUCGAUCAGUCAGCUGCUGCACAGUGCAUACCAAAAGGAAAGAAAAUAGUACAAGUUCUUUUCCAUGUUUACUUGGUGGAGAAGAUCGCAAAGAAAGGCGAUACAGAAAGCUAAUAUGUAAUUAACCUUGCCCCUGCCUCAAUUAAUCAAUGUAAUCAACAGAAAGUAAUUAGCCAGUGAGCUUAUUGGUCUUUAGAAUUAAAUGUAAUAUAUAGUCUUUCUCUACCAGGAGAAAGGAAGUUUGCAGAGAUAUAGAAGAAAGUUGUAGAGAUCUCUGCAAUACUGAGAUACAAAUUAAUGCUAAUAAUCUAAUUUAUACAAAGCUGCAGCUUCACCUGA